ACUAUGCCAAAAAGGCCUUCAGACGACACACUUCAGACGACACAAGUAUUGUUUUGUGUCGUCUGAGUUUUUCAGACGACAUAAUUUUUUUUUAUGUUGUCUGAAUAUAGGCUAAAACCAUACGAGUUCAAUUUGGAAAAAUGACCAGCAUUCAGACAACACAUUUUUGUUGUUGUAAAAGAUGAUGAUUUCCUAUCUCAAAUUUGGAGGGAUAUCCAAAAUUUGAUCAAGUACUUUUCCCUCUCUAAUAGCCAAGCUCUAGUUGACUAGAAAAUGUUGUGACAUUCAGACAACAUUUAAAUGUCGUUCGAGUGUAGAGCUUGUUUUAAAAUAUUCUAGGUUAUUUUGACUUGUGCCUCGCAAUUAAGUCAUUUUCUGUCCUUCUCACUCGAUCUGCUCUCUCAGCUCGACCUAGACCUCGCGAAACUGAAAACCUUAAAAACCAGCCUCUCUCAUCCUCACUCAGCUCUCUCAUAUCUCGAUUCUCACCCUCUCCUUCGUCUUCUUGCUCUCUCGAUUCUUCUUCUUAAUCUCUCCCUCUUCUUCUUAGUUUUGAUUUUAGGGUUUGAUUUCGAUUAGGUUUUUCUUCUAUUUAGGGAUAGGGACCUGUCCAUCAGCACAAGUCUUUCACUUCCCAAGAACUAAAUCACAGAGCAGGGGCGGAUUCAGCCCUGACUGGGUAGGAUUCAAGCCCCAUCGCCGAACUCGGUUGGAGAAUUGGAGCACUCCCGAGUCCCGACCCGAACACGGAAGAUGGAACACAGAACACAGCAACCUGCAAGGCUACAACCAACAACCAGUCUCCGCCAGUCCGCCUCUGCAGUCUCUGAGCUUCGCCUCCAGGCUCCAGUGUUUUCAAUCUGCUGGGUGACUGUUGCAGUAAGGAAAAGAUCGUCUCCCAUCACUUGUCAGCCGUUUUCAAUCUCAGCAAAGAACUCAAAGCCGCCAUUGACGUGCUUCCAAGCUUUGCGUCGCGGUCCAAACGACGUUAUCGUCAAGUCAAGGAGGGAUUCUCCAGGCCUUAUCUUCUCCAGGCCUCCACCAAGAUGGCUUUGGAAUCCUAUACAUUUGGACCGUUCAAAAUCGGCAGCAGGGAAGUGUUUCACAGCUCUAAUCUAUCGUAUGCCUUGGAUAAUCUGUGCCAUGUUGUUCCUGAUGAACAAAAUACGGCAGGAGCUGCAGUCAUAUUUGUCAAAUGGACCAAUUACAAUUGUGACUGGGAGUCAAACAGGUGCUAGCAGAUAUGGUAUAAUUAUUGUUGCAGUAGUGGCAGGAUAUGGCUACUUUUGGUGGAAGGGGUGGAAACUUCCUGAUAUGAUGUUUGCAACAAGACGUAGCUUAGCUGAUGCUGGCAAGUCUUUUUCUAAACAGAUUGACGGUGUCUUUUCAUCGAUUUCAAUCACCAGGCGACAAUUAUCUUCAAACUUGGAUGGUGUGGACUGUAAUUUAGCUGAGAGUAUUGAAACUACUGUUAGGACACAACAGGAGGUUAUUGAACUACAAGGAAAAACAGAUUCCAUCAGCACGGAUUUUAGAAAAGUUCAACAUGCAGUGCUGACUCUGGAAACUAAGAUUAACAUAAUAGAAGGCAAGCAGGAUUCAACUAAUGACGGAGUGUGGAGGUUGUGUGACUAUGCCAAGAGAUUGGAAAAUAGCAGAACCACAGAACGUAUUCAGGCAUGUAUUGAACUCUUCCUGUGAACACUACUGGCAGACCAUUUCUUAUGUCUUAUUUAAUAGAAUUUUAGGUUUUGUUUCGGUCUAACGAUUGAUUUCAUCAUGGCUGUAUGAAAAAUUCAAUACUUAUGUCUUAUUA